GAAUUCGAAUUGUCAGAGUUACAAUCACUUUCCAAAGAUGAUCUGAUCAAAAGGAUCAUAACACUUAAUAGAGAUAAGAAAGAGCUAAUGGUGAAGCUUGGAGCCUACGCAGUCAGCAAAAUGGAAGAAGAUCUGACUUUGAACUCUUCUGAGUGUCAUUCACCCUCUUGCAAGGGACUUGAUACUAAUCCUAAAAUGAAAAAGGCUGCAAGAGGAGUUUCUAGCGGGCAGAAACCGUUUGAUUUUAGUCGCUAUCACAAACGACAUGUAGCUCUAAAGAUGGCCUAUCUGGGGUGGGACUAUCACGGCUUUGCUAGUCAAGAGAGCACAGAAAACACUAUUGAAAGUCACUUCUUUGCAGCUCUGUCCAAAGCUUGUCUGAUAGAAAGUAGAGAUGAUUGUAAUUACUCGAGAUGUGGAAGGACAGAUAAGGGAGUAAGUGCUUUUGCACAAGUCGUGUCCCUUGAUGUCCGGUCAAAUCUCAUGGAAGGUCUUGGAGUCAUUAUGAGUGGAAACCAAGAAAAAGUUCAACAAAGAACUGGUAAGAAAACUUACCACUUCAACCCAGUAACCCAAUGCAAGUUUACCCCCCACCCCAACCCCACCCUCCAGUUUUGGAGUUAGCUUUGUGAGUUUAAACGUUCAGAAUGAACACAGUGAUCCAUCAACUGUUGGGAUUUUGACUACCGUACUCCCCUUGUACUAAAGAUCGCUUUGAUUUCAACCAUCCAGGUGAAGUGUCUUAGGUCUUAGACUAUGUAUGGGUAUUUCCAAUAAAAUCAAAGUCGUAGCAGUCACUUUUAAUGAAACAAUGAACUCAGGGAUUAAAAUGACAAUCACAUUGUCAUUUGUGUCAAAGUUGACAAGGUUAUUCAUGUAAUGACAUCACAGACCGUACAGAUCAGGGUCACUCCUAUCAGGCUUCUCAUCUAUUUGCAUCAUUAGAUUUAAGUAUGGUGAUCAUUGAUUUUUGUUCUAUUGACAGAGAAAUCCAAAGUAACUGAAGAAAUCCCUUAUCCUCAUGUUCUUAACAAACUGCUUCCACCAGAAAUCAGAAUUAUUGCCUGGACUCCAGUGAGUCAAGACUUUGAUGCACGAUUUAGCUGUUUACAGCGGACAUACAAAUACUACUUCCCAGCAGCAAAUGUUGAUAUAAGUGUUAUGAAUCAAGCAGCACAGAAGUUUGUUGGGGAACAUGACUUCAGAAAUUUCUGUAAAAUGGAUGUUGCAAGUGGAGUGGUGACUUUCAGAAGAAAUUUACUGUCAUUCACAGUGUACAGAAGUAAUAGUGAUUCACAAAGCUGCAGUGGGUAUGACAUGUGUGAGAUGAUCAUUUGUGGAUCUGCAUUUUUAUGGCAUCAGGUACGCUGCGUGGUUGCUGUGCUGCUCAUGAUUGGUCAGAAGCUAGAAAAUCCUGAAGUUAUUGACUGGAUGCUUGAUAUUGAACAGUGUCCUCAGCGACCACAGUACAACAUGGCAUCAGAAAUUCCGCUGGUGCUAUAUGAUUGUGCUUUUGAAGAGUUGUCAUGGAAACAUGAACCUGGUGUUUUGAAUGCUCUGUUAAAGGAUUUUCAAGCGCAGUGGUCAGCUCAUGCUAUUAAAGCUGCAGUACUUACAAACUUGAUUGACAAGUUAGAGGAAGCGCCCAUCCUCACAGAAAUUAGUGGUGAAGACAGUGCACAGUUGAAUGGAAGCGAUGAGAAUGACAAGCAUCUAGUUAAGUGGUGUGAUAUUAAGCCUCCACAUUAUUAUCAACUGAUUCCAUUGGUUCCCCUGCAGGUAGCUGUGAAAACGCACAGGCCACUGAUGAAGAGAGCAUUGCAUGACAGUUUUGAGUCCAAGCUGGAAGCUGUUAAUGCCAAACGAAGAAAAGCUGGUAAAAAAGAACUCUCUGAAAAAUGCAGUGGUGCUGAAAUCAAGGAGUGAAGUAUUUUGAUGAUCCAUUUUUUAUUUAUGCACCAAUUGACUAGUCGCGUGUACUACUUACCAAAAGUUUGUGACACCAGAACUCCACACAAAGUAGGGUGCUCAUGGUGAUGAAGAUAGACAGCUCAAACAACAUUUUGGGCAACAAUGUGCUGGUCAGAGCAGAGGUAAAUGUACAAGUUAGCAGCUAGUUUUACUGUUAAGUGUAAGUUACAGCAGCAGUUUAGAAUUCAGAGGAAUUAGAAUUUAGAAUUCAGGGGAAUAAAGUCAUAGGAACUACAACUAAUUUGCAUCCAUCAUUGUAAAUUUUAUUUAAGAUAAGGGC